GCUUAUGCUGAGGCUGUCAAUCAACAGGCGCACGAGCUACUGCAGGUGCAAAGCUGGGCACUGGGCUAGGUGCCGCCGCUACCGUGAAGCCGAGGAUAAAACGCACAUUACAAGGUAAACCCUGCUCUUAUUGGUCAUUACCUUACCGUCUUAAUUGGAGCAUUUUCAACAGCCAGCCUGUGGUUUAUUCGCCGCUCGUCAAACCCCGGAUUUGGACUAAAAAUUGGAGCGUAAAUAAGGAAGAGUAACCUUCAUUUGACAUAGCUAGGAUGCUUAGCUAGCUUCUGCGGCCACUUUAAACAGUGGUAACGAUCUGCCGUGUUAGCAUCAGAGGGAGCGAUGGGAGUCUUAAUUUAAUACAUUAUCAACGAGGGAGAACUGCUUUUUGUCUGCAUUUCUUGCCCAAUCUUCACAGUUAUUUCAUCCUUAAUUUACACGGACAGAAAUGCGUGAAAUAAAACGGUUCCGUGCCUUUUUUUAGACUUUUGUCCAGCUAAUGUGAAGCAGACUGUCAUAUUCAAGCUGCUAACAUAUUCACUAGCAGGCUAACGCCAGAUAAGCCCUCCUGUGGUCAGUGAGGAUAGUUAAAGCUUUCAAUAUAUGGAUAAUGUUGUAUUUAAAGACAUGAGGGCACAUGAGGGGAUGGCAGUGUGUUGUUUUAUUUUCUUACAUAUUUAAUGGCCUAUUCUGUUUAAUCAGAUGGUCAUUUCUUAUUAUGUGUCUCGCGGAGGCUCCUGUCCUCCUGGAUGUGAAGGGAUAGUCAGUUUAGCUGAUGCUUAGCCUGCUAAGCCCUCGUACUUCCGCCCCGUUAUCUUGCGUGGCCAAGGUGUGCACUCCUUGUGUUAUUGACAUGCUGUGGAAACACAGGGCUGUGUGCAUGUACUGGCACACAGUGUUUACACAGGCUCUUAGUUGCACGGUUGAAUUAUUUUAUUACCUUAUAAAAUUAUGAGAUUGCACAGGAACCAUAUGGUGUGUAACUUGACCCCAAACAGCUGACUAUACUGACAUCAUUUAACCUCGUCACGUGUUGCAUUGUUUAUCCAAGGCUGUUAAACAAUGAUGUAUGUGCUCAGCUGAUACUUAAGUUGUCUGUCAAUAACAUGAAGACUGAUCCAUGUCAUAUUUUGGGGGUUAGGGUCUUCACAGAUGUGCACAUUCAUUAUAAGAUCUGUGAUGAAUUUAAUGGAUUCCACAAUUCAAUCUUGUGGGUAGCCCAGUAAUUGUGAAAUGGCAGACAUCAAAUUUAAAUCAGUCCAAUACAACAAAUUUACCAAGCCUCAGAAUUGUCAGUUCUUGUUCACAUGAUCAGACAGGUGAUUUUUGUGCAUCAGACAGAGUGGAUGGUUGGUGGUGGUGUACUGAAGUGUGUUAUAAGGGGUUCUACUAGGCCUGGGCGACUUGGCCAAAAAAAUGAUCAUGAUUUAUUUUGUCAUAUCGUCCGAUCUCGAUUAUUAUCACAAUAUUUUUUUUAAACUGCCCGUUUUAAAGUAUCUAUACUAAAAACUAAAGAAACUAGAGAUUAGUUCAACAUUUUAUUAACACAGAAGGUUUAUAACAAAGCAAAUUGAAUAAGAUAUACUCAGAAAAAUAUAAAAAACCAUUAGUACAACAAAUAUAGAUAAAUACAAAAUAAUACAGUGAAUUAGUUUACAGUCCUGAGUGUUUUUGACCGACGACAUACCUUACACACAUCGGCUUAAUUGCUUGACGUCACUUUGGAAAUAACCGAACCACCACAACACAACCAACGUUGAACAACUUCUCAAUAAUAACAUCUUUGAUGACUCAAAGUCACGGCUGAUAUCUAUUUUGCUGCCCUCGGCACCACGUUUAGCUCCACGUUCAGUCAUUCUGUUUACUUCUCCGGCAACUUACAGAAGUGAGCAGGAAAAGCUCGACUCUGAUUGGCUGUUGUGACGCACAUUUCCGCUAUUUUUGAUCGAGUAAAUAUGCUCACAGUUGAUCACCGUGAUCAAACUGAAAUUUAUCACAAUCAUCGAUCACGAUCAUAUAAUCGCCCAGUCCUAGGUUCUACAUAUUUUGUCUACUUUAACAUGUAGGGAGCAAAAUGCACUAAUGCACUCUAUUACACCACCAACACUCACCCCAACCUCAACAAUAAGUUUUAAGUGCAAAAAUGUAUCACUACAUGAACCAGAAUUAAGAUCAUUAGCUUCAUUAAGGAUAAAUUUGAGGGAGUGUGGGGUUGCAUUAGAAAACCAAGGUGAUCACAGUGUUGUGGUUGGUUAGUGUAUGUGACAGACACCCUGCCCCCUUGAAAGUGAGUGAAUAAAUGAGUGAAUAAAUGUUAUUUAUUUCAGUUAUUUAAGGAAGUUUGAACCACUUCAUUCACUGCUCAAAAAUUCGUCCUAAAAUUCUUUUGAUAAUAGGUGUUACAUUUUCUGUCAUUUGACCCAUCAGUUUAUCAGUAAGUUGUUGCAGCUGUGAUGCUAUCAUGUGUGACUAAAAACUGAGUUAGUUAAAAACUAAUUGUUGUGUCAAACUGAAAGAGGCCACAGAGGAUGUCACCAGAUGAUACAAGAGGUUUGACUGGGAUCAGUAUGAUAAAAGAUUCCUAUCUUUAGACUAAAUCUUACAAAAUGUGAUUUAAAAAAAAAAAAAGUAAAAACGUCUCAAUCAUUUAUAAACCAAUGUGUCCUGCACCAGAAAAGCAACAUAUUAUACAAAAGGUAAAGAAGCAGGGAUGUUAGUUUUCAUUCUUUAUAUUUUGUCAUUCAUCUGCCUCAAAAAUAAAAUGGCUCAGCCAUUUGCAGAACACAAUUCUUGAUAGCAUCAAAUCCAGCAACUCAGCUCUUGAAUGAUAAAUUUGUUUAAUGUCAUGUUUUUACAGGUGUUGUGACAGAGGCUUUAAAUAAACACAGUUUAUUAUUCUGAUUGCACUUUGUGAUGUUGAUUUGUGUCUGGUUUUAUUGUAAGGUGUCACUAUUAUUUUUCUUGUGAAUUAAUGAUAUUCCAUCUUGAUCCUCGCUUAGAUGGCGUCUGCAAAUGCCACAUAUGGACAGAAGGAGUCCUCAGACCAGAACUUUGAUUACAUGUUUAAAAUUCUCAUCAUCGGGAACAGCAGCGUAGGAAAGACAUCCUUCCUUUUCCGCUACGCAGACGACUCAUUCACACCAGCCUUCGUCAGCACAGUGGGCAUCGACUUCAAAGUCAAGACAAUCUACAGGAACGACAAGAGGAUAAAGCUGCAGAUCUGGGUGAGGAAGUACAUGCAAACAUACUGUACAUGGGGAUAUGAGAACAUAAUAAUGAUCAUUAACUUCAUUUAUGCAGCAUGUUUCUUAACCUAGGGUCACAUAGUGCUUUAUAACAACAGCAAGAUAAAAACAGUGUGAAAGGAUAAAAGGGUAACGAUAAAGCAGGACAGCAGUGGUAAUAAGAUAUGGUAAUCCUAUAUAACAGUGGAGGUGUGCUCCUAAGUCUAAUGAAUACAUAUAGACCCGGUCAAACACUAUAGAUCAAGGUGUAAGGUAAUCAAAAAAGCCAAAUAAAAAAGGAGGUCUGAAUUUAUUUUUUAAAACAGUCGACAGAUUUCACAGAUUCAAAAGUAGGAGAGAGUAAGUGUCAGAGUCCCGGAGGUAAAACAACAAAAGAGAAAUCAUCUUUAGUUUGAGAUUUGAUGGUGAUAUCACCGCAAGAUUCUUGUUAUAAGCCCCUGUGGUUACUUUACAAAAAGACAUUAAUUUGAACUCUGGAAUAUUUGUGCAAAAGAGUUGAGAGCUCAGCAACUUUGCUUGAUGAUGCUUAUUAUUUGCACUAUGCACCGAUCUACAGGGCCAGUUGUUGUCAAAAAGUUGGGACACAGUAGGUGGGGAAGUCUAUAAAUGGACACUUAGUGAUUAAUUUUAGGCGUUUUUUUGUAAUACAAAACAAAGCAGCAACAACUCAGUGAAAUCAGCAGUGCUAUAGGAAAUGCAGAUGUGCCCUAUAGCCUUAAACGGCAUCCUUAAAUGUUAUUUAAUAUCAGACCAAUAGACCAAAACUCAAAAGUACUGUGGAGAUGUAUUGUAAGCUCAUCAUUGACUUGCUUUAGUUCAACAGCUCUUAAAGUGCAGGACUUGAAUGAUUAGACAUAAUUCCAAGAUGUAAAGCACAUUUCCCUGUGGCCUCUAAGAUGGUUUUCAUAGCCUGUUUUUUAUGCAGCCCAAUAACAUCUGUGACUAAAGCGGCCUUUAUUAUCAUGUAUCCCUAAUGAUUAGCAGCUGUUCAGCUCGGCUCUGCAGUCCCUACAAUCACUUCAUCUACAGAGUAAUGGCAAUCCCCUUGAAGUGUUCUUAACAUGAGCCAUAAAGCCCGACCCUGGGACCAACCGCUUAUUACAUGUGACACCAGAGGAAGACCUUAUCCUCAUGGGGCUUUGACUGAAUGUUAAACCUCUGCAAUCAUCAGGAGGCACGUGCACAAUUGUAAAUUCUUUGCAGGUGCUGGGCGGGUAUCCUCUGAAGAAAAGAGACAAAAAUGUAUUUGCAGUACUGGUGUCAUGUGAACAGUGUUUAUUCUGUCCUUUAAGGAAAACAGUGGUCUGACCACGGCUAAAGGAGGAGCAGUGAUGGAGGAGUCUGUUCACCUCGUCACACUUUUCCUGCUUUGUUAGUCGUCCAAUAAUUUAUGAUGGUUUGAUGGAGGUUUCAUCAACUAACAAAUGAUGGUGUUGGUGUGUGUAGGACACUGCCGGCCAGGAGCGCUACAGGACGAUCACCACCGCUUACUACAGAGGGGCUAUGGGCUUCAUCCUCAUGUAUGACAUCACAAACGAGGAGUCCUUCAAUGCUGUUCAAGACUGGUAAGCAACAGCCGAGUAUGCAUGUCUGUGUGUGAAAGUGGCAACCACCAACCUCCAACUUGAUUUUUUUGUAAUUUUAUUCAGCUUUUUCCGGUCUGUUCCUUAAACUGUACCUGACGGCUGAGAGGAAUCAGACAGAUAGUUUGUUGAAUUUGUUUGGAAAUGAAAAGAUGAAUGAAAGUGUGAUUAAUGUCUGUUCAGCAACUUCAUUUAUGUCACAACAUCUGCAAGUAAUGAGGGGAGAAAAGGGAGUAAAAAUUUCCACCGUCACCUUGGUGUUUGGUUUGUUUUAGUGGUUCACAUUUCUCUUUUAGACUCUUUUUUUGAAACUCGUCUGUGUGUGCGGGUUCAAGUCAUAUGAAGCUGCAAUUAAAGGAAAGUUACUGGAAAGAUUUGAGGGCUCAAGUUUGCUGAACACAAUUUCCUGUACAUGCAAACAGGUCAACUCAGAUCAAGACAUACUCCUGGGACAACGCCCAGGUCCUCCUGGUGGGGAACAAGUGUGAUAUGGAGGACGAACGAGUGGUGGCUCAUGAGAGGGGCCGGCAGCUCUCAGAACAGCUGGGUAAGUCUACUGACGGAGUAAAAACUCUUUGCCUGUUGUAAUUAAUCCCCUCCACCUGAAGGAACUAGUGUAAAAUAAAUGUAAUCUUUAGACCAAUGGUUCUUAAGUCCAGUCCUCGAGGCCCACUGUCCUUCAUGUGUUGGAUGUUUCCCUGCUCCAACACACCUGAUUCAAAUGAUCAGCUCGUUAUUUAGCCAUUACAGAGCUUGAUAAUGAGCUGAUCAUUUGAAUCAGGUGUGUUGGAGCAGGGAAACAUCCAAAACAUGCAGGACAGUGGGCCUCGAGGACUGGACUUGAGAACCACUGCUUUAGACUUAACCUUUUGACCCCUGAACUUUGCAAUAGAAAUAAUAUCCCAAGUGUUUGUGUUGGAAUUUGAGCUUUCUGUAUAUCUCCGUUUUUUAAAUGCUUUGUAUCUGGAGCCGCAACAGAUCUUAAAUGUCAUGAUUCAGACUGGAUCAUAGAUUUUGGUCACCUGUUGGAUCAUUUUCAUAUAUUAAAGAAGAGUCUCAUUUCACUAACAAUAUUUGUUACCCUGUGACUAACUACACCAACAUCAGAAAACCAAACAAAAUCAUGCUGAAAAUUGCAAGUGUGCUGCAGACUACAAGAACAAGUUUUCCUUUUCUGAGCUCUGACAGUGCUGAACAGGUAACAUUAUUUAUUUUGGGGAUGUGUGUGCACUGGCUGCUCUUGCUGUGUGUACUACGCGAGUCAGACAAACAGCAAAUAGAGGGCAAGUGUUUGGCAACAUCCUUAGUUUCAGUUUCUACACUGAAUAUAGUGCUCUGUAACAGAUUUUGUGUAACUGGGUAAGUUUACUGCUGCAAACUAACACAGGCUGUGGAAUAACACUACUACCAUUAAGUCACAGUCAAAAACCCGUACAAAGGGAAUCACACUGAACAUCUUCAUGAAGCUGGAUUGUCGACUCAGGGCUACAGUGAGCGUGUUCACCAUCAGCAGAUCAUCAUACUUUCGAGUUCAUAGCAAACUUUGAUACUGGAAAAAUAUAAAAUCAAACUUUUAAGCCACUCUGAAGUCAAUAGCCUCAUUAUCAGAAUGAUAACAACAGAGGAAAUGCUGAGGGGAAUUCACAAACUAAGACUUACCAUGAUCUCUUUUCCAUCAUUACUGCUACUUAGAUCUGACUGUAAGGUCCCUCGUUUAUUUACUGAAUCUGAUUCGCUGCUCCAAAUUUUGUAUGGCAUGUGAGGCAGUUUAAAUAAUCCCAACAGAAUCCAACACGGCAGUAUUAAGAUAAUAAAAACAUAAUUUAAAGCAAUAGGGAUGUAAAACAGCACUGAAUAAAUACAACAACUUAAAGAAGAACUUAAAGGCUCUGCUCUUAGCCUGUUUUUGUCUCUGGGAUGAUAUCAAACAGCACAAUGACUGUCAUUCAUAUUUUUGAUAAACAAUCACACGGGUAGACAGAGUGUCCCGCUGUUCUCUCUCCCUCUUCCUCGGUCUUCAUCAGUUCACAGAGCUCCACCAUCAUGAGAACUGAUCGGUCAGAGAUCAGUUAUUACAAACUGUUCUCUUAUCCUGAUCAUAACCUACUCUGGCCUAGGUUACAUACUUAGCACAAGUUUCUGUGAUGACUUAACCUGUAAGAAGUGAACCACCUUUUAAAGAGUAAACCCUGGAGUCACCUUGACAACAAAUCCUACUUUGUAGUGCACCCUUCAGCUGCCACUUUCAAAAUAAACAGAGAGGAGGUAAAAGUAAGAUGAGGAAAUUAGAAACAGCCUUUGAUACCAAGUAAGUAAAAUAUCAACAGUUUACGACUCCUUUCUGUACCUAAACUUGAGCAGAAUUGCAGAAGGGAAGUAUAAUAGACUGAAUUUCCCUCACAUCUUUAUAAGGGGCCUUCAUGGCGCCCACUCACAGUGCUGAAACACGGUUUCUUUUCACAGGCAUUUAUUGGCAGUUAAUUCAUUUUACAGUGUGAUACUAAAUUUUCAUUGAACCACGGUAGCAUGUGAAAACCAUGAGGGGUGAUCUUUACAGAUCAGGGAUCAUCUGUGAUCUGUUGCACCACCUUAGGCUGACCUGUGUCUUAAAAAACAUUGUAGCUUAUAAGUGUUGGAAUUAUGAUAUCCAAGGAUCAAAGUUCAGAUAUACAACGAAUCAUGAUCCAAAAGACUGAAACCCCAGCUUUUCUCUUCUGAUGAGUUACCAAGUUAUUUAAAGUCCUUUAGGUAUUUUCCAUCAGUAACAAAUAGACCAGUGAACUGUAAGGCCGAUUAAUUGGGCUGCUUAAUGACAUUUUUAGAUCAUCUGCAUCAGCCAUUAGCUGACCUAACCAAUACCUUCCAACAACAGGAGGAUUCUUUGAGUUAUAAGUCAUGGUUUUUUGUUUCCAAAUCUCUGGACGAGGCAAAAUUUAACAGGAUAGUGAAAAAGAACAGCAUGAGUACUUUUCGACUGGUUAGGGCACGCUGAUGCAUUAGAUAUGCAUCCAGAAUAAGUUCAUUUCAUCACGCUUGGUUUAGAGUUGACCUAUUUUAUUGAUUUAUUUUUUUGUUUGUUUGUUCGUUUUGUUUUUUCUCACUAUAGAUGAUUGCAGUGAGACAUUUCCGCUUACCACAAUAUAUAAUGUGAUGAUGUUAAAAUUGAUGUAACAACAAAUCAGGCUGGAGUAAUUGUUCUUCAAAUGCAGCUUCGCCCAAGUCUUGAAAAGCAUCAUGUGCCUCAGUCCUCCAUAAAUCAGAGUUGAGGAACUGUUUUCAAUGGUGUGCUCUUUUCUCCUUUUUCUAAUGGAACUUCUGUGUGUUUGUGUAAAUUGAGAGAUGAACUGACUGGAUUAUGACGAUGAGUUUUCAAACAAGCUUUGAAAUAGUUUAAGUUUUACCAUGAAUCCAGAAAUACUUUUUCUAAGACUUCGAUUUAAAACAUGAACUGAUCACAUACAAAGGGCAAAAUAUAAUUGAGGCUUGAACUUCCUGCCUAACUGUAGUCCUGAUGUGUCCUGACAUGAUGGGAUAAGUGGAUCAACUGGAUAAGCUCCACAUUAGAACAAUGAGUGUAGCCAAGGUCUCUCCCUCACUCUCUUUCAUUUGUCUUGGCAGGUUUCGAGUACUUUGAGGCGAGCGCUAAAGAUAACAUUAACGUGAAGCAGACCUUUGAGCGGUUGGUGGACAUCAUCUGCGAAAGGAUGACGGAGAGUCUGGACGGCAGCGACCCGACCGUUGCCGGAGCCAAGCAGGGGCCACAGCUGACUGAGCAGCCUCAGAGGUCCAGUCAGGAUUGUGCUUGCUAAACACAAACACGCUGUUUACUGUUCCGGUAUCUAAACACACGUUUAUGUUUUUCAGUCUGUCUGUCUGUCUGUCUGUCUGUCUGUCACAUUUCUCAUUUACAAAUAUGACACCCAAACACUGCCACACAGAGAAACACAACCUGGCUGCUCACAUCCUCUACCUAUCUCACUACAUGAAAAGCUUUAAACUCUAAAAGUUCGGUGUUUUUUGAAGAUAUUAUCGUAAAAGUUUUGUUGAUCGCAGUAAGAUGAUCCAAGGUGUGAUUAACAUCCCAAGUUGUCCUUAUUGGUGUACAAACUCCAUACUGCAUCAAAAGAGAAUAAUCAGAGGCCAGUCAAUCCUCAGACUUAAGCAUUCCUUAGUGACAUUUCUGCAGGUUUUAUUACGAAAUGUGUUUUUAAGAAAACCAAGAUAUCAAAGUGAUCUUUCAUUCCUAGCUCUCGUUCAGAAUUUAAUGCCUGAUAUUGAAUGGAUUCACAUCAGUUCAGGUUGUUUUAAAAUAGUCUCAUUGGAAAUAUACUGUAUGUUUGUUGCUGUGGAUAGAGGUCCUGUUUAUUUUUCACUGUUUAUGAUAUGGUUGCGUGUUGUUUUGAGGAUGUGAAAUGUCGGGUCAUUCCUGAGUGUCGUGGUUGAGCCUCAGAUAAUCGAUGGUCGAGGUCUAAAGGAGUCAUUUAAACGUUUUAUUUUGAUUUAAGUUCUAAAGAUAUCAUGCAUAUCAGUUUGCUAGACAAGUAGCUCCCCCUCCCAAAAUUUGAAAUGGCUUUCCACCUCAUUUAUUUAUUUAUUUAUUUAUUUUCUAAUUGAAUGGCAGUUUCAGUUGUUUCGUCAGUCUUUUAUAAACUUUUAUUUUUUUAAGACACAUGAACACAAGAACAAGAAGAGUGUACAAAUGUCUAAAAGAUAUGCAUUUUGAGAUGCAUACAUAGUAUAUACAUAUUAAAUGAACAUACAUUAAUGAUACUGAUUUAGAGUAUGGGAUUCUGGCCUGUGGUUUCGAGGGAUGUGCAUGUUGUUGUUUGGAAAAGGUCCUGGUUGACUGGAUGGUCAUUUGUAUCAGCUAUUGUCUCGGUUGAAAACCCACCUGUCCUACAGUCCCACCUAUCAGAGGUGCCAGAUGGAGCUGAAGGUUUCACAUAUGAAGCCUGUGUCCCCUUCUCGUUGUAUCAGCUUUCAUUCACCGCGAACAAUGUGAAACAUGCACUCACUAGAAAGGCAUGUGUGAACCCAUGUAUAUCAUAGACCUGUUAUCUCCCAAUAGCCUCUUAUGACAUGGUAGAAAAUAUUUCAUCUUCACGUUUCAGGAGGAACAUGAUGUGUUAAAGCAUGUUAAAUGUCAAAUUGUGACUUUUAUUUCUCUCUCCCUCUGAUGCUAAGGAUCUGUCUGCUCGUGUGUACAGUACCAAACCUCCUGUAUGUCUUGCAUUCACAGAACAGCUGAGGCAUGCAAAAUACCUUCAACACCUAAGUUAAUUCAAAAUAUUGUAUUUAUUUUGUAUUACUUGUAACUUUAUUUAUUUUUUGAGAUUUCUUUCUUCCUCGGUGAUGCAUCGCGAUCUGCGCUCUGCUUUUUAAAGAGCUGUUCGAUAGUAUUCAACUGCUUUCAAAUGAAAACACAUUUGUGUUUACAGUGAAUAAAAAUUGUAGAUACUUCCUCAAGAGGAAAGUUAAACAUUCCAGAGUAAGAGUCUCUUAUCAUGUCAAUGCGGCUUUGGCGAGAGGUUUGUUUGUCUUUUGAUAUCAGUUGUGUAGCUUUUAAGACUUGAUAGGACUGUUCUCACAGAGCAAUAGCAGUUUUUUCCCCUCCACACCCUAAAAUCAGCACCGUACAAUCCUGCUGAAGGCUCUAAAAUGAGUUCUCUGCUCGGGUGUGUGAAUGUACACUUUGUAUAAAAGGCUGUAUUGAUAAUAAUUCUUUCCAAAGAGAUUUUGACAAUACAUUUGCAGCCAAAACAAAGGGGCAUUCUUGUUGUUGUCUGCGUUUGCUAGCCUUGCACUGAAGAAUCUGUCUGGUAGAGUUUUCCCGCUCUGUGCAAAAGCCUCAAAAAGGGAAAAAAAAAAUUAGAAACUAAUCUGGAUAGUUUGGAUGCUUCAUUGAAAUAGUGACUCUUACUGCAUUGGUUCACUUUUGACUUGUUGAACUUUUUUGUUACUUUAUUUAUUUAUUGUGUUUUGCUACAGCUGUAAACUUUUCUGUGUCGUAGGAACACAUAUUGAUCAUGUUCAACCCUACUCUUCUUCCUCGGCCCUCCCUGUCAGGAACAACAAUUGUAAAUAGAAAAUUUUUCUUCCCUGUCAGGUAUUUAGUUGUGUGAAUUGUGCUGUACUUCUGUAAUGCCAGAUUUGCUAAAACAAGAAAUAAAUAAACAAAUUAUUGAAGCUGGAAUUUUG